CCUCCCUCCUUAUUCCUCCCCCCCCCCCCCCUCUCUCUCUCAACCAGCCGUUUCCUCAAUAACCGCUCUUCGCCAUGGCGUCGUUUCUCGAGAAUACGUACAGUCUCGUCCAUAUGGACAACACGGCCGACCAGCCUACUAUCCAGGAGCUCAAAACGCAACUAGAGAAAGGCACUGAUGACACCAAGUUGGAAACAAUGAGGCGGAUCAUUACGAUCAUGCUCAACGGGGACCCGAUGCCUCAGCUGUUGAUGCACAUCAUUCGCUUUGUCAUGCCGUCCAGAAGCAAGUCGUUGAAGAAGCUGCUCUAUUUCUACUACGAGAUCUGCCCCAAAUUGGAUGCAAAUGGCAAGCUCAAGCAAGAGAUGAUCCUGGUGUGCAACGGGAUCCGGAAUGACCUGCAGCACCCCAAUGAGUAUAUUCGCGGCAAUACCCUGCGGUAUCUGUGCAAGCUCCGCGAGCCAGAACUCAUCGAGCCCCUCCUCUCGUCGGCCCGCUCGUGUCUCGACCACCGCCACGCGUAUGUCCGGAAGAACGCCGUUUGGGCAGUCGCAUCGAUCUUCCAGCACUCAGAGUCUCUGAUUCCAGACGCACCGGAGCUCAUCCAGACCUUCCUCGGCUCGGAAACUGACAGCACCUGCAAGCGCAAUGCGUUCGCCGCCCUGAUGUCCAUCAGCCACCAGGGAGCCCUGGAGUAUCUGGCUUCGACCUUCGACAGCAUCCCCAACACCGAUGAGCUUCUGCAAUUGGCAGAGCUUGAGUUCAUCAGAAAGGAUGCGGUCCAGAACGCCCAGAACAAGGCGCGAUACCUUCGCCUGAUCUUUGAUCUCCUCGAUGCAUCCACCAGCACCGUCAUCUACGAGGCCGCUACCUCCCUUACCGCUCUGACGAGUAACCCCGUUGCCGUCAAAGCCGCCGCAGGCAAAUUGAUCGAACUGUGCAUCCGGGAGGCAGACAACAACGUGAAACUGAUCGUUUUGGACCGCGUUGACCAACUCCGGACCCGGAACGAGGGCGUGCUAGACGAUCUGAUGAUGGAAAUUUUGCGUGUUCUCUCCAGCCCCGAUAUCGAUGUCCGCCGCAAAGCCCUCAGCAUUGCCUUGGAAAUGGUCUCCAGCAAGAAUGUUGAGGAGAUUGUCAUGCUUCUGAAGAAGGAACUUGCCAAGACCGUCGAUGAACAAUAUGAGCAGAACAGCGAGUAUCGCCAACUUCUCAUCCAGUCGAUCCACAGCUGCGCCAUCAAGUUCUCGGAAAUCGCUGCCAGCGUUGUCGAUCUGCUGAUGGAGUUCAUUGCAGACUUCAACAACAACUCCGCGGUCGAUGUCAUCUCCUUCGUGAAGGAGGUUGUAGAGAAAUUCCCCGCCCUCCGGCCAUCCAUCGUCGAUCGGUUGGUCUCUACUUUGAAUGAGGUCCGUGCUGGCAAGGUGUAUCGUGGUGUACUUUGGGUGGUCGGCGAGUAUUCGCUAGAGGAGAAUGACAUCCGCGAGGCCUGGAAACGGAUCAGAGCCAGCCUCGGCGAAAUCCCUAUUCUCGCAUCCGAGCAACGCUUGUUGGAUGAAGUGCCCGAGGACAGCGCCGCGCUCAAGGAACAAACCAACGGUCACGCCAAACCAGCCGCUCCGACGGGCUCCAGAAAGGUUCUGGCCGACGGUACUUAUGCCACUGAGAGCGCUUUGACCAGCCAGUCGGCCGCCGCUGCAAGACUGGAAGCCGUCAAGUCCGCCCAGAAGCCUCCCCUGCGUCAGCUCAUCCUGGACGGGGACUACUAUCUUGCCACGGUUCUCUCUUCGACCCUGACCAAGUUGGUGAUGCGCCACUCCGAGGUCUCCCAGGACGCCGCUCGCACCAAUGCCCUCCGUGCAGAGGCUAUGCUGAUCAUGAUCUCGAUCAUCCGCGUUGGCCAGUCUCAGUUUGUCAAGGCUCCUAUCGACGAGGAUUCGGUUGACCGCAUCAUGUGCUGCGUGCGCUCUCUGUCCGAGUUCUCCGAGAAGAAGGAACUUGAGACUACUUUCCUCGAGGACACCCGCAAGGCAUUCCGUGCUAUGGUUCUGGUCGAGGAUAAGAAACGCGCGGCCAAGGAAGCCGUGGAGAAGGCCAAGAGCGCUGUCCAGGUCGACGAUGCGAUCCCCAUCCGGCAGUUCACCAAGAAGAACGCUGUCGAGGGCGCGGAGGAGAUCGAGCUUGACCUUGCCAAGGCCACCGCCGGAGAUUCCACGGUGGAAACCGUCUCCUCCAAGCUGAGCCGUGUUGUCCAGCUCACCGGCUUCUCGGACCCUGUCUACGCGGAGGCGUACGUGACUGUGCACCAAUUUGAUAUUGUGCUGGACGUUCUUCUGGUCAACCAGACGACGGAAACGCUGCAGAACCUGUCUGUUGAAUUCGCCACUCUGGGAGACCUCAAGGUGGUUGAACGGCCCUCGACACACAAUCUGGGGCCGCGCGAUUUCUUGAACGUGCAGGCUACGAUCAAGGUUUCGUCGACGGACACCGGGGUGAUCUUUGGCAACAUUGUCUACGAUGGGCCCAGUUCGACGGAGUCUCAUGUUGUCAUUCUCAAUGACAUCCAUGCCGACAUCAUGGACUACAUCCAACCAGCGAACUGCACCGAGACCCAGUUCCGCACCAUGUGGACCGAGUUUGAGUGGGAGAACAAGGUCAACAUCAACUCCAAGGCCAAGACUCUGCGAGAAUUCCUCAAGCAACUCAUGGAGAGCACCAACAUGGCCUGCUUGACCCCGGAGGCCUCGCUCAAGGGCGACUGCCGGUUCCUCAGUGCGAACCUCUACGCUCGGAGUGUUUUCGGCGAGGAUGCUCUUGCGAAUUUGAGCAUCGAGAAGGAAGGCGAUGACGGACCGAUCACUGGAUUUGUUCGGAUAAGAAGCCGCUCUCAAGGCCUCGCCUUGAGCUUGGGCUCGCUCAAGGGCCUCAAGGCUUCGGCUGCGUAAAUCUGCUAAUUCCGUCAGCGUUGAUACUCAAUUGUUACCCAUUCCAAGUCAUCUAUCUAUGUUCUUUUUUUUCUCUUGAAUUCGAUUUUCACUGGUGAAUGAUCUUGCUCUCUCGCGAUGUCCUAGAGGAGAAAAGAAGUCUUCUUCCGUUUCUUUUCUUUCUUUUCUUCUCUUCUCUUUCCCCCCUCCCUUUCUCCUUCAAUGACUUUCCCCCCUUUUCUCGCAUGUAAUCAUUGUAGGUUUUGGGUGGUGGUGGUUUACCAAAAAGAAUAGAUGAGAUACUCCACCCGG